CCGCCAUGGAUCCGGUCCGGCUGUUCCGCGACGCGGUGUGAGGGUGUGCGUUUAAAAAUGGUGCAGAAGUACCAGUCCCCUGUUCGAGUCUACAAAUAUCCCUUUGAGCUCGUCAUGGCGGCUUAUGAGAAGCGCUUUCCCACGUGCCCAGAGAUCCCUGUCUUCCUGGGCAGUGAGAUCCUUCAGGAAUCCAAGAGUGAUGAUGGAGCUGUUCAUAUUGUCGAACGGAGCUGCAAGCUGAAUGUGGACGCUCCGCGGCUGCUGAAGAAGAUCGCUGGGGUAGAGUAUGUCUUUUUCAUACAGAAAAACACCGUGAACUGGAAGGAGCGAACACUCCUCAUUGAGGCUCACAACGAGACCUUUGCCAAUCGUGUUGUUGUCCUUGAGACGUGUAGCUACUCGGUUCACCCUGAGAAUGAAGAGUGGACGUGCUUUGAACAGUCUGCGUCUCUUGACAUCAAGUCGUUCUUUGGCUUUGAAAACACAGUGGAGAAAAUUGCCAUGAAGCAGUACACUGCCAACAUCAAGCGGGGCAAGGAGGUGAUCGAGCAUUACCUGAAGGAGCUGAUCUCCCAGGGCAUCACCUUCAUCCCCCGAUGGACACCUCCACCAGCGAGCAGACAAAAGGAAAAGAGGGCCCUGGCUGUGGGACACAACCCUGGUAUUGUGCCAGCAGAGUCCUGCAUGCAUGGAACUACCAAAGAGCAGCCAGGCAGCUUGUGCCCCGCUGCAGAGACGGCUAGCCCUGAUGCUGACAAACUGGACGCUGAUUACAUUGAACGGUACCUGGGGCAGCUGACUCCAAUGCAGGAAAGCUGCCUGAUCCGACUCCGUCAGUGGCUGCAGGAAAUGCACAAAGGCAAGAUCCCCAAAGAUGAGCAUAUCCUUCGAUUCCUGAGGGCUCGCGAUUUCAACAUCGACAAGGCUCGCGAGAUGCUCUGCCAGUCGCUGACCUGGCGCAAGCAGUACCAGGUGGAUUACAUCCUGCAGACCUGGCGACCCCCGUCCCUGCUGGAGGAAUACUACACUGGGGGGUGGCAUUACCAGGACAAAGAUGGCCGCCCCCUCUACAUCCUCCGCCUCGGUCAGAUGGAUACAAAAGGUUUGGUGAAGGCCCUGGGAGAAGAGUCGCUCCUGCGACACGUUUUGUCAAUUAACGAGGAGGGACAAAAGAGGUGUGAGGAAAACACCAACCUGUUUGGCCGUCCCAUCACAUCCUGGACGUGUCUGGUGGAUUUGGAAGGGCUAAACAUGCGCCACCUGUGGCGGCCUGGAGUUAAGGCUCUCCUUCGGAUAAUCGAGGUUGUAGAGGACAAUUACCCUGAGACGCUGGGGAGGUUACUGAUCGUGCGAGCACCACGGGUUUUCCCUGUGCUGUGGACUCUGGUUAGUCCCUUCAUCAAUGAAAACACCAGGCAGAAGUUCCUCAUCUACAGCGGCAAUAACUACCAGGGUCCUGGAGGGCUUGUAGACUAUUUGGACAAAGACGUGAUUCCAGAUUUCCUUGGAGGAGAAUGUAUGUGCAAUGUCCCUGAGGGUGGACUGGUCCCCAAGUCACUUUAUCAAACAGAUGAAGAACCGGAGAACUCUGAUCACAUCCGACUAUGGACAGAAACCAUCUACCACUCUGCAAAUGUUCUUAAAGGGGCUCCCCACGAGAUCGUUGUGGAAAUCCUGGAGGGCGAGUCUGUGAUCACGUGGGACUUUGACAUCCUGAAGGGAGAUGUGGUGUUCUGCCUCUUUCACUCCAAGAGAGCGCCCGAGACCAGUCGCAAAGAGGCCACUUCAUCAAGUGCUUUGACUGCUGGGGACAACAUGCAGCUAAUCGAUAAGAGCUGGGUUCUGGGGGUGGAUUAUAGCCGCAUGGAGUCUCCACUGGUGUGCCGGGAAGGAGAGAGCAUCCAGGGAUCUCAUGUGACUCGUUGGCCUGGCUUUUAUGUUCUGCAGUGGAAAAUGCACAGCUCUUUGCCAUGCUCUGGCACCAGCCUCCCUCGAGUAGAUGACGUCCUGGUCUCUUUGCAAGUUUCCAGUCACAAGUGUAAACUCAUGUACUACUUUGAGGUGCUUGCAUCCAAGGAUUUCAGGGGGUCCAUGUCAAGCCUGGAAUCCUGCAACAGUGGCUUUUCCCAGCUCAGUGCAGCCACGACAUCUUCCAACCAAUCCCAGAGCAGCUCCCUCAUUUCUAGAUAGCGUGGCGUAGGCCUCUAUUGACAUCUGAAAUGUUACAUCCGCUCUUGGAGGCCUCCCUCCAGGGCAGCUCUAUGGACCAACCCAAAGAGGCUGCAGUGUGGCUCAGCGUCAAGGCUUUGGGGGCAGUCAUUCAUAAGACCACGAGUAGCAGCAGUCUGGGGAACUCUUUGGAAUCUAUUUUCAGUAAGAGACGUGUGACUUUUCAAUCUGCAAACUGGAUUCCGUUGAAAGGCCUACCUACCAGUUGUGUUUUAACAGACCUGUGUUUUAGGGUGAAUAUCACUUUGCAUGAAUCUGUGUAUUACUACGGUUAAAGGGCUCUUUCCAAUCAGUCCUAUUUCUACAUACGAUAGAGGAGACUGAUGUGGCCUUAUUUGUAAUGACCCGUAGAACUAGAUUUAUUCACAUGUAGCAAAAUUAGUCUAGUUUUUCUGGGCGCCUGCAAUACCAAUGACACUCAAGGUACAGUGGGUGUUUCAGCAGCAGGGACUUGAAGCAAAUUGUAAAUAAAUACCCGAAGACAGGACAGUACGUUUUGAGGGAGGGGGAGGGGGAAGAGGAGAAACUUCCAAGGUGACCCAAACCUGAAACCUCUCCCAGUCCGAUUGGAUGUUGCUUGGAAAUGCUUCCAAUUUUUUAAUUAAAAAACCCAUGUAUUUCCUACAGUGCGUAGGCAGAAAGCCGACCUCCAGCAAGCAAGUCCUUUCUUAAAGACACCCACUUGUCUUUAUUUCCUCCUCAGGUUUAUGAGCAAUAAAUGAGUGUCUCUCUGACCCACCCCAUCAGACUGGAUGGGAAUCAAAUCACAUUAUAAAGGGCUCAGCAAUAUGUUCUUUCCUUAAAGGCACAAAGUUUUAUGGCAGCAUUAUAGGAGCUGCUCCUUUAAAAACGGGCUAACUUGGAGAGGAGAGAACUCUUUUUUCUAAAGUACGUGUGCAUGUGUAUUUAAACACUUAAUGAAACAUAUUUAUUCAAAUUGUAUGAUAGCUUAUUUUAAAUUAUUGCUUAAUUUAUUUAUAAUUUCAGUGAUAACUAUUUAUUGAACCAGAUCACCUUUUUUAACCGGCUGCACUUUUUUGUUUUAAAAGGGAACGGCAGAUCUUCUUGAAUCCCACAGACCUUUAGAUUUCAUUUCUAGUCUCUGUGGCAGCUGGACAUCUUAGCGUUCAGGGCUGUAGCACUCAGGGCAGUGUGUCGUCUCUUCUCCCAAAGCUCAUGGGAGUGGCACCACUGACUUCAAUGUUACUUACGUGAGUAAGGUUUUGCAAGAGCAGGGACCGAGUUUGCGGAUGUUAUUGGCAGGGAGGGAGCAUUAAGAGCUGUUGAAGAUAUGUUCUUGUACAAUCUCUGCUGAUUACAUCAGUGACGGACGUAUUGCAAAAGGAGUAAGAACUAGGAAGGUAGAAAAACAGGUGGUCGAUACGAGCUGCUUCUGGGCAGUAUUUGUAACUAACAGACAUGCAAGAGGUAUUCCUCAAUAAGAGUUUAUCUUCUCUACCCCACCCAUCCUUAACCGUUCUCACUACCUUCAUUUGCUUGUUUCUAAGCACAGGACAUUGCCAGAAUGGGGGGGGAAACUGAUAACUGGAGCAAUGUACAUAAGGAAGUUAGUGUAUAAAUACGUAGGCUGGAUUUUCAAAGGAACCUAGGGAGUUAAGCAUCUAGUUCAAAUUGACUUUUAGUGGCAGUUCCAGAAGAUAACAAAUUGAGGCCCCCUUGAACAUCCUAGCUGUCACUCAUAGCAUGGAAAAGGAAACUCCAGUGACAGUGCACACACCUGCAUAGUAAAACCCUUACUAAAUAAGAACGAACAUCAGGGACUCUUCCAAGCAUUUACCAGUGCUUAGUUAUCUCCAUCAAGUGAACGAGGGUUUUGCCUUUCUCAGGUAGGGGCUGCCAUUUUAAUGAUACCUCUCAACCAAGUCCCAGUUUAAUGCAAAGAGAGAAUGGAAAAUGGGCUUCACCAUGAGAGAGCCCUGGAAAUCAAAGUUGGUGAGAGCGAGUGUAUGUGUACCCACGUACACAAAGUUGCUUUAACCACAACUGACUCGCUUUCUAAAAACAAUUACUCAAUUUACUGUGUAACUUUUAAAUGGUUUUGAUUUCCAGCACUUUCCAAUAGCAAAGCCCAAGUCCUAUUCUGUGCCAUAUUUCAAGAUGGCUGCUUGUUUCUUGGUUUGACAGUUACGUUUUUUCACAUUUACUCUGUCCCUGUGAGAAUAGUUCUCCUUCAUUCAGUAAAAAGUACUGAAGGUGGAAUUCUCAGCUUAGAAUUUAUUGCGUGCCUGCACAUUCUGAACUGAGAUGGGGAACAAGAGCCUUAAGUGGAAGGGGAAAAGGCCACGGGAUGGCUCACUCUUGCUGUCUUUCUAGGGCUUCUUACAAUGGCCAGUGUUCUUUCCCAUGAUCCUGAAACAUCAAUCUCCUGUGCACCAUGUGUGAGGUUGCACUGUAAUUCCAGACGUGGGACAAAGUAAAACUCCUCUGAAACUUGACUCUUUUUUACUAAGCUACAUUAGCU